AUGGAGCAGUUAGUUUUAUUCUCCCUCUUACUCCUCAUACCUUUUUCCUCCUUAUACUCGACCACAUUAGCCCAAACAACUGCUGCAGCUCCAUCAAAACCAAUUGUCCCAACACUACCCCAGACACCCUCUUCAGACACCUCUGAUUCUUCCCCUGAUGACAUCAUCAGAAUAUUAAGGAAGGCCAAAUCAUUCAACGUCCUAAUUCGUCUAAUGAAAACCACCCAAUUGAUCAACCAAAUCAAUGCUCAGCUCAUAACCAUAAAAUCAGGUGGCUUAACCAUCUUUGCCCCAGAUGACAAUAGCUUUUCACAACUCAAAGUAGGAUUUCUCAACUCUCUGGGUGACAAUCAAAAGAUCGAACUCCUGCAGUUCCAUAUUCUUCCCACGUACGUUUCAAGCUUAAACUUUGAUUCUCUGAGCAACCCGGUGAGAACACUAGCUGGGGAUAACCCUGCCAGGUUGCAACUAAACGUGACUUCAUAUGGCAACAAUGUGAAUAUCUCAACAGGAGUGGUUAAUGCCACGGUCACAGGAGUGGUAUACUCAGAUAAGGUACUUGCUAUAUAUCAUGUGGAUAAGGUGCUUCUUCCUUUGGACUUCUUCAAGCCUAAGCCAACCUCUCCCGCACCCUCUCCUGCAAUAGCGCCAAAAGCUGAUAAUGAUAACUCAUCCGCUGAUGAUAGCCUUGGAACAUCCAAGGACAGCGCUGGCUCAUGCAGUUUGAUGAGUACUCAAGGAACAACGUUGGUGUCCCUUGGAGUUGCUUUAGUUGGAUUGGUGAUUCUUUCAAGUUGA